AUGGCUCCAAGGUUCAUUCAUCCUUAUUUUACUUAUUUGGGGUGCUUUUUAAAUUGUUCAGUGUUGCUCCUUAAUGGAUUUUGGGUAUUCUGGCCACAAAAUUUUACAGUUGCUGAUUUGCUUGUGUGUUAUUUUGCACCUGUUUUCUUUAUUUUCUUGUUUUUAUUUUGGAAAUUCUUUAAAAAGACUCAUUUCAGAUCAGAUAUGGAAGCUGAUAUAACUACUGGUAAGGCACAAAUCGACGAAGAAGAAAGACUUGAAAGAGAGGAAUUAGCUAAUCGUCCCCAGUUGAAGGGUUGGCGUUUAGCCGCACAUAGACUUAACACUUUCUUGUUUGCAUAA